UCUAAUCAGAUAAAAUGGCGGAAGAUUCUUCAAAGAAAGAAGAGAAAAGAAUUCUAUACGACCUGGACAUACCUUACGAGUGGCCAGAAACACUCCUUAUAUUAAAUGAAAAUGAUCACCAGUCACUCUACAAGAUACUCACUGCUGCUCUCAAUGCUUGUAGUUGGUUUGCUUUAGCUGUUCUGAAAAGCCCAACAAGGUUGUUAGGAUUAUCAUCACAGCCACCUUCAGUCUUAUCUGACCUCUUGAACAGUCGGUUGUCAUGGCAACUCGUACUUAGCAGUGAUGGACGUCAGUUAGCAGUGGUACAGGAAUCAGUCAUUGAGAUAAGAUCAAUAUUAGAUGAUUUUACUACAGCACGUGCUUCAAUAAAAGUGUCAUCAGACCCAUAUCCACAGUGGAGAUAUAGUGUGUGGUCACCACAGGGCACAUCACUAGCUUAUGCCAACAGUCAAGGUCAUAUUACAGUUUAUAGCUAUAAUGGUGAGGUAUUGUAUCAGCUUUCAGGGACUGGAGGAGGUGUAGCAUUAAGUGGUAGUGGAUCAGAGAGACCCACUCCAUUUCUAAUGACUGCUCUAUCUGGGAUGUGUUUUGCUAGCAGUAAUACUUCAGCUGAUUCAACAUUACUGAUAGUGAUGAGUUAUGAAGCACAGAUUACCACAUACUGUUUGAAGCAGAAUAAGAGGUAUAUAUUAUUGCACAGUGUUAGUCUAUUGGAUUAUUUCCCAUAUGGUGCUGGCGGCAUACAAUAUUUAUCGGACUCUAAUGUGAUUGUAAUAGCUGGAUGGAGUGAUGCUAAAGAGUCUCCAUUGGUUAGUUGUUGGAGGUUAGUUAAUGAUUCUCCUUACUGGAUACCAGCUGCUGAUAAUCAAAUUGAAAAAUCAAAAAGAGGUGCCUUUCAAUCAUUGGUGAACAAGAAAGUUUUUAAUGAUGAUUGGGUGUACAGUGUAUCACUGAGUCCUAGUGGAUCAUUACUGGCAACUCUUAGUCUGUCGGGAUCUAUUUGUCUCUGGGACCUUCCAUCUUGUAGGCUCAAGUCAAAAUGGCUUCCUGAAGAACUGCCAGGGUCUAAUGAGAGCCACGUCAUGUCUACAUCAUUUGGAUUUGAGACUAAAGCUAGUAAAAAACUUCCUCUGGGCUAAUGUCGCUCCUUCUAUCGUCUUCGCCCUCCUCUUCAUCGCUCUCAUCAUUUUCAGGAUUAUACAAAUUUGCUUGUGUGAGUACUAAGAUGCAGUUCUUCCAUAUUGUGUAAUCAUUCUUGAAAUAUUUUGCUAGAAGCUCUGCAAAACGCUCAACUGAAUCAUCAAAUUUCUCUGUAAAUCGCUGGCAUAUAAGGACUGUGAGUCGAUCACCACACUGUUUCAUCUUCUGUUUAAAGCUAUUCAUCAGCUCUUUAUUCUUUAGCUUUGGGUCUCCCAGCCCUCUUGUAUCAUAGAACACCACUGGUGUACCAUAGACAGGGCCAAUGUGCUCUUCUAUUGUAUCAUGAUUGCUAGGGUGGAUGCUGUCUGGUGUUUUGGCUACUUUCUUACCCAGCAUUGAAUUGAUGAGUGUUGACUUACCCACUCCUGUCUUACCAACUACCAUUAUUGUCAAUUGGGAUAUUGAUUGCUCUCCACUUGCUCUAUCUUGUUGUACAGCUGUCUUCUCCUUUUCUACUCUUCCUGCCUCUCUAUGCAGUGUCUCUUUCAUCUUAGGUUCUUCUUCUAUUGAUGGCUGAACUUCAGCAUGUAUCUCUUCCAUUUCCAUUUCAAAUUUAUUUGUAGAUGGUUUCUUUAUCUGGACUCCGUCAUUUCCUUUUCCAAUCUCUUCAAUAUUUUCAUUACCGUGUACUGUUAAUAAGACCAAGCUGCUUAGACUCUCUUCUCCUUCCAUAGCAGAUAGCUGUAUUGCUGCUAAUUAAAUUAGGUGGAUGUUGUAAUGCAUACAAGAAGGUGUAACUCUUCAUUUUUUG